AUGCAUGAUGACGACCCCGAAAAUCCCACGGCAGUAGAAAGAAGUGCAACCGAUAAGGAACUUAGGAAGUUUGUUGCAUCUGUUUUGAAGAAAGUAAACUCUGAUGUUUUGCCAGAUGUUCAAACAUCUUUGGUAAAAGAUCCAAGCCCUAACAAUGACUCAAGGGAAAAAGGUGAAGAAAAUGUUCCUGAUCAUUCUUCUCGUGUUAGAAGAAGUAAGAAGAAAGUUGAGCUUGUUGUCAAUGUUGAAGAACUUACCUCUGAUGAAGAACCCCUUACAAACAUUGUUACUCCCAUGAAGAGAAAAGAUGAUGGGUUGAAAGGAACUCCUUCUAGAAGCUCCACAAGAAAAUCUCGUGUUUCACCCACUAGGUCUUGGAGUAAAGCUGUUACCCCUACUAGGAAGAGGAAAGUUGUCUCCUCUAGUGAAUCUGAGUUUGAUGUUACACAGGAUGUUAAGGACAUCACCCCUAUAAAAAGAUAUGCUAACGAGAAACCUCAUAAUGCUAGGUUCAAAUCUCCACUAGACAAUGCUUCUUUACAUUAUGUGAAGAAUGCAGAAAGGUGGAAGUAUGUCAUUCAGAGAAGGGUAGCUCUAGAAAUGGAAUUGGGAAAAGAUACCCUUAAGUGUAAGGAGGUCAUGGAACUGAUAGAAGUUGUAGGGCUGAUGAAGAUUAUCACACACUUUGGACCUUGUUAUGAAAACUUAGUAAAGGAGUUUGUGGUGACUAUCCCUGAUGGAUGUGAUGAUAUGAAUAGUGCUGACUAUGGUAAAGUUUAUGUGAGAGGAAAUGUUGUAACAUUCUCCCCAACUGUGAUCAAUAAAUUUCUAGGAAGACCAAAUGAACCUCAGGCUGAACUAGAAGUCAUUGAUGAUCAGGAGAAGAAGGAAGUUGUGCAGGGUGGUGAUGCUAAUGAAGCAACUUAUGAUGAAGAGUAUGUUGGUGAAGAUAAUGCUGAUGAAGAGAAAGAAGAUAAAGGAGAAGAGUAUGCAACAGCUGACUCAGAUAGUCAGGAAGAUAUCUUAUUGCAGUCUUAUUGUGACAUUUUUCCUCUUGUGAGGGUUCUUGGACUGUAUGAAUAUGGUUUUGUUUCAGUUUCUAGUUAG